UUUGGAGGAAAUAUGAUUCAGUCCCAAACUUACUUGAAUGUAGCAGACAACAGUGGAGCCCGAAAAUUAAUGUGUAUUCGAGUGCUAGGAGCAGGUAAUCGUAACACCGCUAAUAUCGGCGAUAUUAUCAUCGUUAUAAUUAAAGAAGUAGCACCUAAUAUGCCUCUAGAAGAAUCAGAGGUAGUUAGAGCCGUAGUUAUAUGUACGUGUAAAGAACUUAAACGUAGUGAUGGAAUGAUAAUACGAUCUGAUGACAAUGCAGCAGUUGUCAUUGAUCAGAAAGGAAAUCCAAGAGGAACUCGAGUUUUUGGUUCAGUUACUGAGGAAUUAAGAGAAUUGAAUUUCACCAAAAUAAUCUCAUUGGCUCCUGAAGUAUUAUAAAUACUGAUAAAUUAUGUAGAAGUAAUGUCAGGCAUAUUCCUAAAAAAAGA